GUGACGUCACGUCCGGGUUCCUCCUGACAGUCAACAUGGCAGAUGAUGCCACUAGAAAAGUAGUCUCAGAAAUACCCCUUUUAAAAACAAAUUCAGGACCAAGAGACAAAGAAUUAUGGGUUCAGAGGCUUCGAGAAGAAUAUCUAGCCUUAAUAAGCUAUGUUGAAAAUAACAAAGCAGCUGAUAAUGACUGGUUCCGACUAGAGUCCAACAAAGAGGGUACAAGGUGGUUUGGAAAAUGCUGGUAUAUCCACGAGCUUCUGAAAUAUGAGUUUGACAUGGAAUUUGAUAUUCCAGUUACAUAUCCAGCCACAGCACCUGAAGUGGCUAUUCCAGAGCUAGACGGAAAGACAGCAAAGAUGUACAGAGGUGGCAAAAUCUGCUUGACGGAUCACUUCAAACCACUAUGGGCAAGAAAUGUACCAAAGUUUGGAUUGGCCCAUCUUAUGGCUUUGGGACUUGGACCAUGGCUUGCAGUUGAGAUUCCGGACCUCAUUGCCAAAGGCAUCAUUCAACAUAAAGAUCAACAGAACAGUUAAAGCAGAAGUGGAUUUUGCGUUUAACUAUGUCUUAACAGUGUAAAUGCGAACGUAAAUAACAGCUGACUACAACUUUUUGUUUUGCAGUCUCACAAAAACCAUGGACAUCAGAUUUACCUUUGACAUUUGUACAGAUAUCUACUAUAAGCCAUAGUGCUUUCAGUAUCAAAUGAAAUGUGUAUGUUUUUCAUCAGUAAAACCUUGCAUACUGACGUUUAUUUUAUGGAAAACAUUCUUGAGGUGACAAGUAAUCUGUAGAGUUAACUUAAGUAUGAUGUGACAUCAGAGUCAGGAGUAGAUUUGUACUGUUUAUGCGUUUGAUUACAUUUACAUUCAUUUUAUUUAAUCCAGGAAACGGGAUGCCUCUGGUAAAAUUUAAUUAACUUCACUGCAUUUCAAUGUUUCUUAUGUUUUGUGGUUGGACUAAUUCCCACAAAACCCUUGGUGAAAGAACUGUAAAUCAAUACCACUAAAAAACGUAUAAAAAGAAAUAAAUCAAAACUGA